CUUUAUGCAGAUGGUCAGUUUUAGCUCUUUUUGCCUGUAGGAUGGAGCGUCACAAGGAAGACUGGGUUUGAAUAACAAAUAUGGUAGAAUUGGACGUGGAUUUUUUAUCAAUAUUCUUACAAAUUUUACAGCCGUGUGUUCACAAAAGUUCCUUGAGAACAUGGAACGCUCAAAGUCUUAUUUAAAACGAAAUUCAAGUUCGGAAUACAAAGAUGUGGAGAAAUACUUUAAAUUUUUUGCUAUCAAAGCAUUGCAGUGUGUUGUACAAUCCAGAGUGGGUUCCAAGUGUAAAACUAGAUGUAAUCCUUCCGCUAAAGGCUUGGAUUGGUUCAAUAUGUCAUUGCCAGAUGGCGAUGCGAAUAGUAAGUUACAAGGUAGAAUAAGGGAUAUUUUUGGGAAAAAGAUACCUGGUUUUUCCGCUCCUAUAUGCGUCGAUAUAAUCUUGAAAACUGCAGAAGGAAGUUUAACAGUUUUAGAGACAUGGCAGAUAAUGACAGAUGAACGAAUAAAAUCUGAUACUAUGAAAAAUAGCUUUUCCAUUUAUAAUAGACUUGGUGUUUUAUUGAAAUCAGUUUUAUCGAUUGGAAGACUGUUGCCAUCCUACCAUUUGAGCAGAAAGGAGCAGCAAGAUUUUACUUUGUAUUGUAAGUUGCAUACAGAGUUGCACCAGCUCCAUAAUUAUGAACUACACAACCAGAUUGAUAUUGGAUCUGUAGUGAGUCCACUUGGAAAGAUAUCAAUCAAAGUGCUUUAUAGAAAUAAAAUAUGGUUAAGUGGAUCAAUGGAAGCACACACAUAUGUGAUAAAUAAUGUGGAGACUUUGUUUUCUCUUACAUCAGAUAAAGAAAGAUCAUCCUUUCAGUCUGUAGAUAUGUUUGAAAAUGAGAUUGCACUAGCUGCAUCGGACAUUGGAACGGUUUUGCCAGAUUGGUUUUCACCGCUUUCCUCAGCUUCAAGCGAAUUAGAUAUGGUAUUCAAAAAUUCGAAGAAAAGGGUAUCACCAGAAAAGCUGAUGAUAGUGUCUGGACCUACAGUGGGUCACAUGGAUGAAAAAUCAAGGCCAAUUGCAGCAUUUGUUGAACCUAAUACAUUGGAAGAUAACAGUCUUCCUAACCUAGAACUGCCAACACUAUCAUCAACUCCUCCUUUCUUAUCCCUUCUCCAUGAACCUAACAAGGAACCACAAACAACAGCUCCUGUAAAUAAUAAGGACAAAAAAAUGGUUGAUGUUAAACACGAAAGAAAUAAUUCCCCAACGCUGUUACAAAGGAGGGCAGAAGCUGUCGGAUUUGAAGAUGACUUUGUUUUGGUUGAGUUACGACCAGCAUUUAGUACUGAUGAUGAUUCUGUUGGAAUGUUGUUUCGACAGUGCCAGUCACCUGAAGCACUUGACAUAUUUUCAUCCUUGGAAAAGGAGGACAAUGAGAGUGAAUGUAUUGACUUGGAUACUCAGCUUGAGAAAUAUCGGCAAGAACUAAAUGAAUUUCAGAAUUUCUUUAAAGUAUUAAACUAAACAAAUGAUUUGUUCAAACUCCAAUAUCAUAUAUAAAGUUAUUACAUGUUGAUUAUUAUAAAA